UUUGAAGUCGUGGGCUUCAAUGUUCAUGGCACUUAAUUGACACGCCUAAACCAAAGCUUUUCUUUACCCCAAAGAGAAAAGAGAGAAAGCGUUUUCUUAGAGAAAAUUUUCCACACAUCGUCAUCGAAUCAAAUCGAAAGCGCACUAUAGCUUUGAGAAAUCAUGAGCAACGAGUACGAUUAUCUGUUCAAGCUUUUGUUGAUCGGUGACUCGUCUGUUGGAAAAUCGUGCCUGCUUCUUCGAUUCGCUGAUGAUGCUUACAUUGACAGUUACAUCAGUACCAUUGGUGUUGACUUCAAAAUUAGGACGAUUGAGCUGGACGGGAAGACGAUUAAGCUGCAGAUCUGGGAUACUGCUGGGCAGGAGCGUUUCAGGACCAUCACUAGCAGCUACUACAGAGGAGCUCAUGGAAUCAUCAUUGUGUAUGACUGUACUGAGAUGGAAAGCUUCAACAACGUGAAGCAGUGGUUGAGUGAGAUCGAUAGAUAUGCUAAUGAAAGUGUAUGCAAGCUUCUUAUCGGUAACAAAAAUGAUAUGGUUGAAAGUAAAGUUGUUUCCACCGAAACUGGAAAGGCCUUAGCAGAUGAGCUUGGAAUUCCCUUUCUUGAGACCAGUGCUAAGGAUUCUAUCAACGUCGAACAGGCAUUCUUAACUAUUGCUGGCGAGAUCAAGAAGAAAAUGGGGAGUCAGCCGAAUGCAAACAAGGCAUCUGGAAGUGGAACUGUCCAAAUGAAAGGCCAGCCAAUCCAACAGAACAAUGGCGGCUGCUGCGGUUAGUAGUUAAGCAAGUGUUAUCAAAAACUAUGUGAUACUUUUCUUUUCUUUUAUUUGUUUUACUAUGUGUUUUGAAAACCAAUGGCUGUCUAAAACGACUGUGAACUUUAAUAUUUCAUGUCACUGUGUCCGUAUAA